AUGGAUUCCAGAGAGUUCCUGAACCAGCACAGUGACCAAGCUGUGAGCCCAGGUCCAGGCCCCCCAGACAACUUGCAACCACAGGAUCAAAACCAAAGCACAGAAAAUGAGGAAGAAGGCAACGAUGUUCUUGGGCUUGCCUUCCCAAGAAAGCUUUGGAUGCUAGUAGAGAACGACACGUUCAAGUCUGUAUACUGGAACAACAGCGGCGACACUGUGAUCAUCGAGGCAGAGCUUUCUGAGGCGGAAAUUCUUCACCGGACAGGCACAGAGAGAUUUUUUGAAACGGACAGCUUGAAGAGUUUUUUUCGACAACUUAACCUCUACGGAUUCAGCAAAAUACGCCAAACCGACUUUCCAGAUCACUUUCCAGGCAACAAGAGAAUGAUGAUCUACCGCAACUCCAAUUUUAAGAGAGACAACCCUCUGCUCCUCCAAAAUAUUCAGAGAAAAGGUGCAGGGGCACCGCCCAUGGGCCUCCCAGUUUACCCAGAUGGUGCUACCAUAAUGUUUUUGUACAACACCUGUUACUCGAUCCUGCUGGCUGCCAUUUCAGUCAUGUCUCCAAAUGAGCCCUUUGACGGGCAGCAGGAGGGUCCCUCUGAUUACCACUGUGCGCUCUGUGAACAGUUCAAGGACAAUCCAGCUCCAUGA